AUGUUGGAACGGAUUAUCUCGACUCAGAUGAUCUUAGAAGUUUGCCCAGUGAUGAGGAACAUUAAGGUUCAUCCACAAGGAACAAAAAUGAAAGCUGGUUCAAUCCUGCUGCAGAUAUGGAGGAUCCCAAAUUUAAGAUUGGUAAUCAUGCUAAAGCUUUUUAAUAGGUGUAUCAUAGGUCUAAAGUUUGAUAAUGUGAAGAUUUUGAGAUCAGCCAUUCUACAAUACUCAAUCAAAAAUGCUAGGGACAUACAUUAUGUGAAGAAUGAGGGAAGCAGGGUUAGGGUACGGUGCCAGAAUGGAUGUCCAUGGGAGUUGUAUGCUUAUCAACAGGCUGAUAAAAGUUUAAGGAUAAACACAUUUAGGGAUGAGCAUACAUGUACUAUGGUAUGGCAAAACAAAAAAGUACAUGCUGGGUACAUGGCUAAGAAAUAUGUACACAAGUUUAGGUCUGACCUGAAGAUGUCAAUGGGCAGUUUCGUAGAGACAGUUAAAAAGGAUUGCAUGUAUGAGAUAUCAAAGUACCAGUUCUAUAGGACUAGGGCAAAGUGUGCCGAAGUGGUUAUUGGUAUUGUUGCUGAGCAAUACAAAAUAUUAUGGGACUACGGUGAAGAGUUAAAGCGGACAAACCCUGGGAGUACAGUACAAGUGGAGGGAGAAGGGAAUACUUUCAAAAGAAUUUAUAUCUGCAUAGGGGCAUGUAAAGAGGGGUUUAAGGCUGGGUGUAGGCAUGUAAUUGGACUGGAUGGGUGUUUUUUGAAAACUGGACAUGGGGGCCAACUUUUGGCGGCUGUAGGUAUUGAUGCAGAAAAUUCUAUGUUCCCGUUAGCAUGGGCUGUGGUUGAUGCUGAAAAUAGGACCAAUUGGACCUAG